AUUGCAAAGUUUAUUUGUUGAUAUUUUUUAUGUAAAAUUUUUAAGCAUGAAUGCUGAAGAAAAUCGUGAAAAACCAGCUAUAUCAGAUUCAUCAUCAACUGAAACAGAUUACAACAAUGAAUCUGAAACUUCAAAUAAACAAAAAAUCAUUCCAUCAACAUCAAAAACUCAACGAUCAGAUAAAUUCUAUGCAAUGGCUGAAUUCGAACCUGUACAAUCACCUUUCCAUGGCUACAAAGUAAAUCCACAGAUUGAUGAUUUAACUUUAAUAAAUAAUAAAAAUAAACAAAAAAAAUUACCAACAAAGCUAAAAAGUUAUGAUAAAUCAUCAAGAUGUGAAAAAACAACUGGAGUUCAUGGACAAAGUGAAACACUAUUAGCUUCAAAAAAUUUAAAUAUUGAUCAAUCAAUUGACAUUAAAAAUAUCGAAAGAAUAACUCAAAGAAUUGACAUAUAUUAUUUUGAUCACGGUAACUCUGCAUAUUAUAAAACAACAGAUGCCUCGCCAAUUUUAACAACUGAAAAAUAUGCUGAAAAAAUAGAUCAAGCAGCAACGAGAUUUUGGGCUGAAAUAUUUGGAACAAUUCACAUUGGAAUAACAUUUAUCACUGCUUUUAUCUUACAAUUAUUGAGAUUUUUUUUAUACAGUUUAGUUAGACCAUUGACAAUUGGUGUCAUACAAAUGUUUUCUGAUUAUUUUAUAAAACCUUUGCUGACAAUUUUUUUUAAUGGUAUUAUACAACCAAUAUUAAUAUUUUUCUAUAACAUUGCAACGUCAUUUAGAGAUUUAUGUGAACCAAUUGCUCAAACAUUUGGAUUUUUCAUUCAUGAAAUUGCAAUAUUUUUUCGAGCUAUUAGACUUGUUGAAAUAAAUAAUUAUACAAAUCUUCCAACUUGAUAUAACAGCUUGGUAUUUGAUUAAUAAUUAAAUUUUUUUUACAACAUCAUUUAACGCCAGGUAUAUAUUUUAUUAUCGCUAUUUAUGUUUACAAUAUUAUCGUUAUUUUAUUUUUUUACAGAACAAUCAUAUUUAAAAUUUUAUUACAGCGUUUUUAGCGUUUUUUUUUCUUUUUAACAUUUUUAUUAAUUGAUCAAUAAUUUUAUCUAUCUUCGUUCAUUCAAUCACUCACUAUCUCUUUCAUGCGAUAAAUUAUUUUUCCUAUUAUUUUUUUCAUCUCUUUUCAAUUCUUCUUUUAGUUUAUUUCAUUAUUUUUUUUUGUCUAGUCAAUAAAUUAUGUACAAUCUCACAAAUAGCAAACAAAAAAGAAAAAAAAAAAUAAUUUACAUGAUUUUCUUCAUUGUGUUAUUUACAGGUACUACAUGAAUUAAUUUUCAUUUUUUUUUUUUUUUUAUUAUUUUCGAUUGACCUGAUUAUUUAUCAUUAAUAUUUUAUUAAUUUUCAUUUCGAUAUCUGAUUAACGCAAACUAUCGCAAGUGGACAAGGCAACGACAGUAAACAAUAAUUUAAGUUUUAUUUUUUUUAGCUAUAUCCACUAGACCGCAUGAUCUGCAAAUUUGAAUAUAUUUUUUUUUUAAUUUUAAAAUCUAUAUAUCAAACAAAUUAGUCUACGUUGUUGCACUUGGUGGAUCUUGAA